AAGGAGGAACUCAUGAGCAUUUUGUCUGAUCCAUGAACUGAUAAGGAGAGGGGAAGCCAUCCCUCUCCUCUUACCCUUCCUUUCCUAGUUUUGAAAUCAUUCCUUCCCCACCACUGCCUCCCUCCCGUCCUUCCCCUCCUCUUUCCCUUCCCCUUCCCCUCCACUGAAUGAAUGGAAGAGUCUCCACGGUUUUCUUCUGCUUCUCGCCCUGGACUGGAGAAGUGAGGGGGCAUCUGUCUAUCCUCAUCCAUCUCUUUCUCGCUCCAUCCAUUCUCAAGGGGAUUUCAGACCGUGCAAUGUGUUUUCAGCCUCUUGCCGCUGCUACCACUUGAUACUAUGCUAUGCGCAGGGAGAGGGUUUUGCAAAAAUGGAUUUAUUCGAUUUUAAAGGAUUUCUGCUCUAAUAAGGUUCUCAUUGCACACAAAUAUGACUAAAUCCCCUAUUUGGUAAAUCUUUCUCUACCCCACCCCUCCUCUUUGGGUUCCCUCCCGCCCGCCCCCACCCCUUCAGAGGAGCAAGCACAGGGAGCUGAUGACGGACCCAUUAAUCCCUUCUUCAAUGCAUCAAAAGAAGCCGAAGGGCUGGAAGUCGCUGGGCUCGGAGUCCUGCAGGAAAUGCUUCGAUCUGCUUUUGGUUCUGUAUGAAACUGGUGACUAGGGGCUCGGCUCGCUCCGCCGCCGUCGCCCGCCGGCACCUGGAUGCGCGGGCCGCCGCCGCCGCCGCCGCCUUGCCCGCCGCCGCCGCGAUGCACCGCUCGUGGCGGUGCUGGUGAUCGCUCGGGUGUGAUGGGAUUGAGCCGGCGGUGAUCAUUUGAAGGCGGUGAGGGAGAGCGAGGGAGAGGAAAGGCUGCUCGGCUCUGCUGUGUGUGUGGGCUUCGGGCUUUUUUUUUUCCUUUUUUUUUUUUUUUUUUUUUUUUUUUCCCUUCUUCUUCUUCUUUUUCUACUUCCAUCCUCUCCCCGCCACUGGAAGUCCUCCCGUAUCUAAAUGGAAUUAGUGGAGACCGAAGCCCCUUGUGUAAGGAACAGACAUGACCCAUGGGCGCAGCUUCUUUCACAUUGUAGCAAGUCUAAUCAUUCUACAUUUGUCUGGGGCAACCAAAAAAGGAACAGAAAAGCAAACUGUUUCCGAAGGACAGAGACCAGUGCAGUGUGGAACUUGGACAAAAUAUGCAGAAGGAGGCAUCUUCACUUCUCCAAAUUACCCCAACAAGUAUCCUCCGGACAGAGAGUGUGUCUACAUUAUAGAAGCUGCUCCUAGACAAUGCAUUGAACUACACUUUGAUGAAAAAUAUUCCAUAGAGCCUUCUUGGGAGUGUAAAUUUGACCACAUAGAAGUACGAGAUGGACCUUUUGGCUUUUCCCCAAUCCUUGGACGUUUCUGUGGACAGCAAAAUCCACCUAUGAUCAAAUCCAGUGGCAGAUUCCUGUGGAUUAAAUUUUUUGCUGAUGCUGAACUGGAAUCUAUUGGGUUUUCUGCUCGGUAUAAUUUUACACCUGAUCCAGAUUUUAAGGACCUUGGCGUUUUGAAGCCAUUGCCAGUUUGUGAGUUUGAGAUGGGAGGACCUGAAGGAAUUGUGGAAUCUGUACAAAUUGUUAAAGAAGGAAAAGCUUCUGAAACUGAAGCAGUAGACUGUAAAUGGUACAUCCGAGCACCACCCCGAUCCAAGAUCUAUUUGCGAUUUUUGGACUACGAGAUGCAGAAUUCCAAUGAAUGCAAAAGGAAUUUUGUAGCGGUGUAUGACGGAAGCAGCUCAGUGGAGGAUUUGAAAGCAAAGUUUUGCAGCACAGUUGCUAAUGAUGUGAUGCUGAGGACAGGCCUGGGUGUCAUCCGCAUGUGGGCAGAUGAAGGCAGUCGAAACAGCCGAUUCCAGAUGCUCUUCACGUCUUUCCAAGAACCCCCUUGUGAAGCCAACACAUUCUUUUGCCACAGUAAUAUGUGUAUAAAUAAUACACUGGUCUGCAAUGGACUCCAGAACUGUGUGUAUCCCUGGGAUGAAAACCACUGCAAAGAAAAAAGAAAAGCAAACCUAUUGGACCAACUUACCAAUACCAGUGGGACUAUAAUUGGGGUGACUUCUUGCAUUGUGAUCAUCCUCAUUGUUAUCUCUAUUAUAGUACAGAUCAAGCAGCCUCGUAAAAAAUUUGUCCAAAGGAAAACAGACUUUGAUCAAACAGUAUUCCAGGAGGUGUUUGAGCCUCCUCAUUAUGAGUUAUGCACCCUUAGAGGGACAGGGACUACAGCUGACCUUGCUGACGUUGCAGAUGACUUUGAAAAUUAUCAUAAACUGCGGAGAUCCUCUUCGAAAUGCAUUCAUGACCAUCACUGUGGAUCACAAGUGUCUAGUAUUAAGGGCAGCCGUAGUAACCUCAGCACAAGAGAUGCUUCUGUCUUGACAGAAAUACAGCCCCAGCCUGUAAAACCACUUGUUCAGCCCAUGAACAGGAGAAAUAUCCUUGUCAUGAAGCAUAGCUACUCACAAGAUGCUGCUGAUGCGUGCGAGAUAGAUGAAAUUGAAGAGGUGCCAACCACAAGUCACAGGCUGUCCAGACAUGAUAAAGCUGUCCAGCGGUUCUGCCUCAUUGGGUCUCUAAGCAAACAUGAGUCUGAGUACAACACAACUAGGGUCUAAGAGAAAAAGCGGAGGAAAAGGAAUUGUGCUGAUCCACAACAUCCAAACAAGGUCACUGUGGGAAAAAAAGGGAAGCUGCUAUCCCCUUCAAGCAAUGAAUCCUAACUGAGAGAAGGGAGACAAAUUAAGAAGCCCGUGAUGAAAAAUGGAAAGAGCAAGACUGCUUAGAUUUCUUUACCAAAGUAACAGGCCUGACCAACUCUGUGCAGCAUCAUUUCAUCCCUCCAUUCUCAGAUAAAGAAAAACUGUGGUUCAAGCCUUCUUUAUGCCAAGGAGAAAGAUGCUACAACUGUGAGUACCAAUUCUAUUCAGACCUCUGGAAGGACUUAAAAGCCUCUUGUGUAAAUGUAGGCAGACAAGGAUUUACUGGGCCUAUGAGGGUAGUCUUGUGCUGCUACAUGCAGCAUCUGCAACAUCUAGUUACUUAGAUCUUUUAAAUUUUCUAUUCUUCAGUCAGUCAUCCUCAGCUUCAGAGAGGCACAUAAUGAACACACUUAGCUACUUAAAAAAAAUGGUGGCUUUACAGGAAAGCAUUUGCUUGUUAUUUAGUUUAGUUGGAUGUAAAAAUACCCAUGGCGCUUGCUGAAGCUAUUGUGAAAAAAAUAGGUGUUUUUUUUUUUUUUCACAGAUGCUAGAUUAAUGUAUCUGGUUAAAUGAACCAUUUAGUUGGAUCAACUGCAUCACUAAAUGAAAACACCUUUCAUCUCAGAUUUUACUUGUAAAACUGCAGUGCCUGAUUCAUGCUUUAGUCACAUCCUCCUGCUAGAUCCUGCUUUUUUUCUGAGUUAAGUGAAAGUUUAAGUUGGAAAAAUCAGUUUGUUGAAAGUUCUUGACUUCCACCAUCUUUAGUGAAGCCAAAAAUUUGAUUUAUACUGGGGAAGGAGAGCUUCAUUCUCAUUUCUUAGUGCUAGAGAAGUUUUCAACACAAGUCAUCUACUCUUUUCCUUUUAUUUUAAAUAUCAGUGAUUUAAAGGAAAUUUAAUGCUCUAUACUUAGGUGAUCCAUGUAAAUUUGAAACGAGAAGUAAAACAAUGAAAGAGAACACUAGAAAUCUAAAGUAAGCAUAUUUUCUCAAAGUUCAAAGCAACAAUAAUAUUUUCAGAAGUUAGAGUUGAACCCUUGGUUACCAUAUAAGCCCAAUCUUAGCCUUCAUUUUCUUAAUAAAUUUCAUAUUAUCAUAAGAUAAAUUUCAGCUCAGGAAUAUGAAUGAUUUUAUAUUUGUAUACCAAUUUAAAAUUACAAAUUUAACAUUUUAAACUCUGUAAGGUGCUGAUAUCCUUCAUUUUAAGCACAGCUGAUUUUGCUGGUCAGAAAGAAUUACUGUAUUUCUUUUUUUUUCAGAGACAAGUCUCUGCAUUUUGAGUUUUCCAUGCCAAAUGGAAGACAUUUUUAAUUUCUUUCCAGCAUUUUCACUCCCACAUUCUACUGACUAGUUUUGGUGCAGAAAACACCCAUGGGGUGAUUUUGUUUGAUAUUCUGAGCAUAUCUGGCACCUCUUUAGUAAUGAAACACUACAUUACAGCUCUGCCUGCGGGAAGAAUUUCUUCAACUGUUAUCUAAGUUGCAUGGCCAAGAUCCGGGCCCAGAGACUUGUGCUGUCAUUUGAGAAUAACUUCAGUGACAUAAAGUACCUUGUUAGCUUUUGGUAUCUUAGUAGAAAAUCUACACUAAUCUAGACAAAUAUUAUUUCACUAGAAAUAAUUUAAAUGUUACAUUUUUAAAAUGUCAGCAUGAAAUCUCCAUUUGUUAAUAUUACUAUCUUUUUGAUGAUUGAAAAAGAGAGUGAUGUUAACAUGGAAAACUUAGAGUUCAUAGCAGAAGGCAGCAAGGAUUUUGUGAUAUUUUUAUUAAAUAUGCAACAGUUUUCAGAUCUGGGAUUUUUUUUUUCAUUUAAUUCAGCUAAGAUUCUUAGUUUUACUCCUCCCUUUUGUGAUGUAAACUUUGUAGCCUUUAUGUAUCCAUCACAUUAGCAUCUCUUUUGCAAUUCAGUAGCUUACAGGGACUCAAAAAGAAAAAAAAAUUCCUGUGCUGGCAUAUAGAAUACAGAUUUAUUAAAUAGUCUAUCAAAUUUCAUUAGAGUUUAUCUGGAUCACAAUGUGCUGCUAGAAAAUUAUUAGAUUAGAGACACAUAACAAUAAAAAUAAGAAAAUACUCUAGAAGUACAAUUUUAGUUUUGUAAGAUUUUAUUAUUCAACUGGAUUUGAUCAAAAGAGAAAUCUCAACAGGCAUAAACUUUUAUGGAAAUCUCAACAGGGACAUAAACUUUAUAUAGCAUGAAAUUUUAAACACACAUCUGUUUGGAAUAUAUGGAGCAAAAAGUAAGGGAACAUUUAGAAACUUUUUUAAAUGCUUUGAGAAAAUGAGUGCAUCUUCUGUCUCAGAAUUAAUCAAACAGAUUUUCCACAAGCUCCUUUCUAUACAAUCUGUGCAUGGUGAUGAAAAAUCCAUUUAAAUGGGAGGUAUAAAAUGCAAUAUUAAAAAGGAACAGAAGUAGAUCAUGGUAGUGAAAAUGUUCAGAAGUAUGGUGUGUGGUUCUGAACCUAGUAAAUACACCUUGAUACACUGCAAAAUUCUAGUCCCUUUGGUUUCCUUACUAUAAGGUAUAUGAUUUAAAGCUGUGACAUACCAAGGGCAUAAUAAAAACCUUGUCAUUCAGCCUCUGAGGCUCAGCACCCUCUGCUGCUGGUGGCACUAAAUGAGCUGAUAAUUCAUAAGGCUCUUUGUGACAGACUCUUGUUGUUUUUGUUAGGACUACAAAACCCAACUCAAGCUAUGAUGGUAAUAACAGAAGUUAGUGGGUGAUUAAAAAAUUGAUUCAGUUAACCUUUAACUAUAUAGCUGUAUUGCAUUUUAUUUGUCUUUGCAUUUUUACCAAAUUAAAGUAGAAACUAGAGGGUAGCUAAUUUAAUUUAAAAUACUUUCUAUCACUCUGUCUGGAUUUUCCUUAGCAUUCUUGAAACCUGUUCAAUGAUAAGCACCUAUCAAAUGUUUCUUAUUUUAUGCCAUGGCUCUAAUGACAUUUAGCUUGAGAAUGAAGUUCUGAAGAUUUAAAUUUUGUUAUCUUACCUCACCCCUUGACAUUUAUUAACAUUUCAAACCUCUCCAGCCUCUCAGGAUCUGCUAUUCAGUUUGAAGCUGACUUUUGUCAGUGCUGAAUACCAGCCGUGUCAGAAGAAAGGACAAAAACUUUUCAUCAGAAGAUUACCAAUCCCUUUUCUCAAUGAGAAGAACAAUCUGAGUACUAGAGCCACGUGAUGCCUACUCCUGCUAGGUGGAAAAACCCCUAACAUUUCAAUUCACCAGGCUGUAUUUUUGCUAUGAGAAAACAGUCCUUGUCUUCAAUUUCAAAGCUUAUUGAGGAGAAAGUGGAAAUCAAAGGAGGAUGAUAAAGAAAGAAAAAGAGCAAAACCCCAGCAGUGGUAAGUAAAUAAAUAAUUGUACACUUGUGCCUAAAAUUAAUGUACAACAGAAUAUGGGGUGGAGCCAUUUCUGUUCCUUUUGGACAAUUUGCAAAUCCUCAAAUGAGUUUAUGGAGAUUAUUUUUAGGCAGGGAUCAGGCAUUGUGUGUCAACACUUUAGUUAAGUUUUCUUCAUCUACUUCUAAGAUUUAUGGACUUUCUACAUUCCUAAAUGCUGUUUAAAGGUGUUAGAAAGAUAUUUCCAAUAAUUUCCACUACUUCACUUAUUUUAUAAAUCAUAUAUAAAUCAUAUAUAGAUCACAGGAACUACAGUACUGAACUCCUACUGAGCCUAGAAAAAUAUCGCAGAGCUAUGACAUCUAGUCAGUAUUGUAAUCAUAGAGCAUUGUUUGAAAAAUGGGGCAAAAUACAAUGAUGUUUUAUAAUGUCACAUUCAAGGAUGCAAUCCACAAAACCUUAGAAAAGGACCUUUUAGUGAAAAGGCAGUACAGAGUCACCUCUAAGGAGCUUUACUUUGUCCUUUUUCAUAUGCUGAUUUCUGCAAUAAUAGCAAACAUUGUGAAGGAGAAAGGGAGAAUAAAAACAUAAAUGAUUUUUUUUUCUUUUAUGACAAUAGUAAUGCUUAUCUUUGCAUCUACUGCUUGAGUAAUGUAUUGUUUGGGGAGAAUUCUGGGCUGAUACAGGCUUUCAAUCAUAACAUGCAAGGAUGAUGCUUAUGCAAGGCUUCCCCAAGAUCAUUAUUGAAAUUUCAUGAUAUUCAUAAAUCAAAUAAACAUGAAAUGAGACUAUUACAGCAUUUUGCCUUUGUCCGUUUCAGCAGGAAAUUCAUUCUAGAUUAAAAAAUGUGCAGAAAGCUCAAGUUUGAACAAAAGUCAUGAAUCUCUCCCCACUCUAAGUCAUGCAUAUUGUGGAGUUUAAUAGUGACUAAUUUGUUAAAAAUGUGGUGCUUAUGCUGACGUAUGCAAUCAAUUUUCUAAUGUGGCAUGUUUCCAUCACUUAGUAUGCAUAUCUCCCAGAUACAUAGGCAUUCUAUUAUGAACACAGGAGUUUGGAUGUCCCCAGACAGCAAUAAGCAGUCAUCAGCUUGCUGAAAACUGCAAUUGUGCCCAAGCUAAUGCUGCAAGUAUUUGGACUGAUAUUACACAAAGUUGGACAGAGAAAUACAAAGGAAGCCUUUCAUCUGUUUCCAGAAUAUUUUAUGCUUGGCAUUACAAAAUGUAUUUCAAUUUAUAUGAUGAUGAACAUACAUUAAAAAGACUUAUCAGUUCACUUUCUGAAGAUGCUGGCAGUGUUUAAUUCUGGGGGAAAAAAGAUGCAGCUAAAAUAUCAUGGUGCUUAGGAAAUACCUGUUCAACCAGCUCAUGACUAAGGAAACUUCACCCUAACUUUAUUUGUAUUUUGUUAUUGGUUUCUGUGGCUUUAAAUAUCCCUUUAUGAAUGUUAGUCAAAGGUAUUUAAUGUCUCAAAGCUGAAUGAAUCUUGGUUGAAAUCUUUGAGGGUUUAGCCUUUUCUGGCUUAAGCACAACAGAAGCUAAAGGAAAGAUGGGUUUUUGUCAUAUCCCCAAGCCUGUGCCCCUGCAGGGAGGGUCAAGAAGGAAACAGCCUCAUCUGAAAAACUUUAAAAGUUUUUUUAGAAUCUUCAGCCCAUCAGAAACCAAAGUACUGUAAAGUCCUGAUGCUUCUUUUCCUGUCAAAAAAAAAAAAUGUUUCUUUUCCUGUCAUCAAAGAAAAAAAAAAAAAAAAGAGAGGCAGAUUUAGGCUGUCUGACAUUCUUCUAAUUUUGUUCUAAUUUUGCCUUCGUUGACAUGAAACUCUGAAACUGAUCUGGGAGGUUUCAAGCUUAGCCUGCUACAUGAAAGAAAAUGGCCUCUAACCAGUGGGCCAAGGAAUGGGACUCCUCUUUAGUCCUUUCACUUUCCCUAUUAAAAUAAUGAAUGUUUGUCUUUAAAAAGAAAAGGAAUAAUUCUCACAUGAGUUAUUUAAGAGAACUAUGCAAGAACAACUACAGUGUUGUGCUUCAGGCAAUUAGUUUCAGAUUUUUUUUCCAUUGAGCUGAAUUCACAGCUUCAGGAACAGUUGAAGUUGACUGCCUUCUAGUUGAAAACAGUCUCUGAUAUUGCUUCUGUCUUUCUAUGUUUCAGUUCUGCUAUUCCAGUAGAAUUUGGGAACUCCUACUUGUGAGGGCUGGAAGAAAAUCCCUAGAGAAGACGAGAUACUUCACAGCAUAUGCCUUACACAGCAGCCCCCCCUCCUCUCUGUGCAGUCACUCUCACAGAUGACCAAGGACACAGGGGUGGUAGUAACCAGCAGCAGUUGGAGGAAAAAGACCCUGAGGGGUGUUGGAAAAGGGAAACUGAAGUCUUUUCCUGGUGUAUUAUUGCUGCUGCUUUUCUAGUAACAACUGAUAAGUCAUCUUGCAAACAGUAAAAGGGAGAGAAGUUUUUAUUUGUUAGCUCCUCCUUAUAUGAAUUUACACCUUAUCUGAGCUUACAGCAAAUGCUGACUGGCAGAGGGGAUUAUAAACACAGCAGUGGUCUUUUCCUAUCAACUAAUCUUGCAUUUUCACUUAUUUUUUAGAGGACAGUUCAGUAUUUUUUGUGUUUAAAUAGACCUACCCUGUCUCCAAGGUUUUCAGACAACUUAGGUUUUAGUGCAGGACAGGUUUUAAACACUUCAGUAGAGUAGUCAGCUUCUACUGGAAAUCUCAGAGUCCAGUAUUGUUAUUUAAAUGAAUUUAUAGUCAAAACUACUCUCCUCAUGAAUACUGAUUUCUUUUGAUCUGGGUCAAAACAAACUCAAUUGACUGCCUCUGUGAUGAAUUUCAAUAAUUCUUUCUUAUUUCUUUUUGCUGAAAUGGGAAGAUGAGGGGAAGACAGUAACAUAUUUUAUCUGAAGUCAGUUUCUAAUUCAAUUAGAGCUUCAUGUUGGCCCCAUUGAACUCACUGGGCUUUUUGCCACUGAAUUUAAUAAGGUUAGAAUCAGAUUCAUAACAUGCAGUUUCUUAUUUCUUCCAGAUAACCAAUUAAAAUAUUAAAUAUCUCAGGGUGAACAUUUCCUUCUCAUCCACAUGUUCUUUGAUAUUGUGUUAUUGCUUUUUCAUCUGUCCUUCUGUAACUUUUAAUUAAGAGUUCCUUUGUGUAUGGGUAAAGGGAGGCUGCUUUAUUUUAAAACUUUUCAGGAUAUGCUUUAGUUUUGAUGGUUUCUAAAGAAAGAAAAAGCAGGAACAUUAUUUUUUUUUUCUAGUGGAGGUUUAAUCUACCAAAUGUGCUUGCUUGAGGAUGAAUUGGAAAAUGAGAUGAUGAAUAAGGGGUAUGAGAGCAAACAUACACUUUCUCUCUCUCCUCUUUUAAUUUAAAGAAGAAAAAAGUGUAUUUGAUUAUUAAGAAUCCUUGUUCAUCAGACUCUCCAGAAAAAAAUAAAUCUCCUUUAUAUUCAACAAAAUAUCCAUUGUAGAAACUAGAUUAUUAUACUGAUAGUUGGAUUAAUUUCUGAAGCCUUAUUACAUUUAUCCAUUCAUUCUUUUUAAAUCUAUCAGAUCAGUGCUUACAUCAGGGAUGACUGAAAAUAAAGUCUUUUGAUCCAAUUUUUGUCAUUGGUUGCUAUCCCUGACAAUAGAGGUAAAAGGAAUGUGAUAUCAGGGACUGAAGAUUCAGAUAAGAGCUUGAAGCAGGAGAUGUGGGCAAAGCAACACCUCCAAAAUAUUCUUGAAUGUUGGUCUAUUCUUACACAAAGAAGGAAGCUGUUUCAGUGGUGGAGAGAAGAAGGGAAAGAGAAAGGGAAUGAGGAGGCUGAGGGGGCACCUCAUUGCUCUCUAAAACUACCUGAAAGGAGGUUGUGGUUAUGUGGGAGUCAGUCACUUCUGCCAUUUUUCAGUUAAAAGAAAGGGAAGAAACUGCCUUAAGUUGUACCAGGGAGGGUUCAAAUUAGAUAUUAGAAAAAUGUUUAUCGCUGAGAAUGAUGGUUAAUCAUUGAAAUAAGUUGCCCAUGUAGGUUGUGAAGUCACCCUCUCUGGAAGUGUUCAAGAGGAGUCCAGGUUUCUCACUUGGGGGAUAUGGUUUAGGGGUGAUUAUGGUGGCGCAAGGCUGAUGGCUGGACUAGAUAAUCUUGAAAGUGUCUGACAAUAUUUAUGAUUUUGUGUGACUCUGGCUUGAUUUUCCUUCAGAUUUGUUCUGGUGACCAUGUAUUUGUUGGGUGGCUUACUGGUACUUGUAUGUACCACUAGCACUGCCUGGCCAAAACUAGAACAAAGAUAUAUUACCCUCCAUUUAGGCAAAUAUUUGAAAAUCUCAACUUUGCUCUGAACAAAGGUUUUGUAUUACAGUUUUUGAUUUGGGCCUUAAGUGCAAGGCCAAAAAUAUCCUAGUUAUCACUUUUCUGUGCACAUUCCCGCAACAUAUUGGUAUAUGCGAGAUGCUCACUGAAGGCCUUUCUAGAGCAUCUGAAAUAAAGGAAAAUUUAAAUUUUUACUUGGGUUUAAUAACAGCAGGGGGAUAGAUGGGGAGAAAGUAAAAUCCCACCCAAACUAUUGAUUUGCCAAGUUGGUAAAACAUUUCUAAUUGUGUAAUUAAGUCUACUUCUUAUUUUAAACCUUAAAUUACAGAGUGUAGGUUGAUAUAUGCAUGAGGGCAAUUCCCACUCCUUGUAAGAAUUAAACUGUUGGCUACUUAAAAGGUUUUCUAAUGAUAAAACUGUCUUGCAAAUUCAUUAUGACCUUGUUUAUUGAUUUAUCUAGGUCUCUAAGGAAUAUUACACACUGAUCUGAAAGGCCUGUUUCAUGUAUAUUGAAAAGACUUAAACCUGCUGAAAACAACCUAUUUGAUGUCUUUAUAAUUUACUCUAAUUGUUGACUUUAACACUAGCUUAAAGAAUAUAUCGGAUGCUAUCAUGUCAAUAACUUUUCCCUAUGAUGAGGGUUCUUGGAUGUUUUCCUGCGCACUCUAAGUUCCUUGCUCUAAAGGUAGUAAGGGCAAGAAAGACUUUUUCUCAAUUCAGCCUUUUGCUGUGAAGACCUCUCCAGUAAAGCAUUUCCUCUCGAAUGAUAUUUUUUCUUUUGUCUGAAAAUCAAUGUACAGUCUUUUCUAUGCACUGUACAUCCUGGAGAGCUUCCAGGGUGUGAAAUCUUGCCAAUGUCACUGUAAGAUAGGAAUGCAAUAUUUGUUUAGUUAAAUCCAAUGGGAACCACAGAUCAAGAUAUUAUUUAUAAUCCAAUGGCACAGGCUAAUUUUAGUAGCCGAGCUAUAUAUGUGCUAAGGAAGCAGUUGCUAAACCUUGCUUUGAGAGCUUUGAGGUCUAUUGAUCUUGCUGAUUGUAGCCAUACCUUUCAUCUGAAAGUGAUAAACGGACAAAUUGAAAACCACAUGAAAACAAAUUAAUGCCUUUUAUUUAAACAAAAAGAUGGGCAAUUAUUUUGUCUGUAUUAGCUCCAGGCAACAGCAUUUAAACUGCACUAAUUUUCUCCUUUUUUCACCUGAUCCAGGUGGUGGGAUCCUUUAAUUUUGUCUUUCAGACUAUGAGUUGGACGAAGCAAUGUUGAAUAAAAUUAAUUUCAACAAGGAUGACGGGGUGGACAAAAGACACUGAGUUAAACUGAAAACAGUCCUUGAAUUUGUUCAACAGAGUUGCAAUUGGGGUAGUUUCUGUGCUACUAAAUACUAUAUUCUAAGCUAAAGUAGUGUAUCUGGCCAGAAAUUUUAGAUGGAGGAGAAAAAGGACUUGUUAGGAGGACAUGUUAGACUCAACUCAGGUGUUCCUUGAUAUUGGUCAUGACUAUGUGAGUUUCAAUGUCAUUAAAGUUACCUUGUAUUACAAGCAAAUUUUCCUUUGGCAGAAACUGGGAAGAUUUUUUAAAUUACAUGUUUAUUUUACAGCAAAGUAAUAAGAUUACUUUUAUUUUCAAUUCAGCAUGGCAAAGAAAGACAUAAAAAUGAUAUAAUUUUAUUACAACAUUCGGAUAUUUUGGAGAGAAAUAUACAAGUCUGUGAUGAUUCAUACCAUGGAUCCAAACAUAAGUUUUUCCUGUAUUUUGGGAGAGUCCUUGGCGGAGCAAAUUUUUAUCUAUGUAUAUGCAAAAUAGACCUAUUCCUCUGGAAAACUGAUGUAUUUUGAUGUGAAAAUUUAAGAUCUCCUUCCUUUAUCUCUAAAAUUAAUAAGUGUCACCAUGACAUUUUUAUGAAAAUCCUUUUGUCAGGAUUUUCUUCUCCUGAGAAGCUGAGAGGGCCUCAGGAAAAAAUGUAAACAAAUUACUAUCUGCUACUGCGGAAUGCAAC